AUGGUCAUAGACCUCACCCAGGACUCGGAUUCGGAGGAUCACCCUCCCCAGAAGGCUCAGCAACCCCCGACUCUGAUAUCUUUCUUCAAACCUGCUCCUUCGACUGUUCCUCAGAAGAGGAAACAGGAUGACGAUGUUGUUUCUAUCAAAAGCGCGUCCUCCGCGUCUUCAGGCCGCCGCCGUGUCAACGGCACCACCAGCAAUGGAGUGUUUGCUCACAGGCUACACCCCAAGACUCCCAGCCCGACUCCCAGCACCAAGGCCAAAUUAGCGGCGGUAGUCAUCCCCUCUCCGUCGAGGCAUCUCCAAAAGCAAAUUGACGCCGCGGAGUGGACAUACUCCUCCGAGUCAGACGCCGGGGCAGUCACCGGGCUGUCGCAAAACCACUAUCCCACCGACGCCUUCGACAUCCGGGCCCGGCGCGGCGCGUAUCCGGCGGCAAAGAAAGUUGACCGCUCAAAGAUCCCCUUCAGCAUCGGUCGCGGCGGCCCCAUUCUCAAGCAGAGACCCCCCGUCACCGACCAACUGAGAGAGACCCUUCAGCGCAAACUAGCCAAGCUGCAGGGCCCUCCCGUCACGUUUGCCUCGACCGACGGCCGCGCUCUGCAGCAUUUUGCGGCAAACUUUGAAUUCGUCAACGGCUACAAGCUCCGGAAAGGCGUCAAGCCGCUGGAUAAGGAGUUCGACGGCGGCUGCAGCUGCGGGCCCCGAUGCGAUCCCCAACGCUGCCUGUGUCUCGACACUGAGGCAGACUCGGACGAUGAUGAUGACGACGGGUACGGCUCUGGCACGAGAAACCGCAAGAUCGUCCCCUACCAACCGGCGCGCGACGAUCAAAAGCUCGUCGUCCUGGCCCCGGACUUUCUCACUCGCACCGCCCGCAUCCCCGAGUGCGGCGCCCACUGCAGCUGCGGGCCAGACUGUUGGAACCGCGUCGUCCAGCGCGGCCGCACCAUCCGUCUUGAGAUCUUCGACACCGUGAGUCGUGGUUUUGGCCUCCGAUCCCCGGACCCCAUCCGCGCCGGCCAGUUCAUCGACUGCUACCGCGGCGAAGUCGUCACCAAGGACGUGGCCGACGUGCGCGAGGAGCUCGCCAUCCGCCAGGGGCACUCCUACCUGUUCAGUCUAGACUUCUCACCGGACGUCGACGAAGACGACAUCUACGUCGUCGACGGACAGCGGUAUGGGUCGCCCACGCGCUUCAUGAAUCACUCAUGCAACCCGAAUUGCCGCAUGUUCCCCGUGUCGCACACGCACGCCGACACGAAGUUGUACGACCUCGCCUUCUUCGCCCUGCGUGAUAUCCCGCCGAUGACCGAGCUGACCUUUGAUUACAACCCCGGCGCGAAGGAGGCCGGGACGACGGUCGAGCCUCACGCGGUGCGGUGUCUCUGCGGGGAGAAGAACUGCCGCGGGCAGCUGUGGCCGAACCAGCGAAAGGGGACGAAGUAG